CGAUCGCUGAAAGCCUAAUGUUGUUUACUAAUCUGCGUUUUUGCGAACAUUUUUCAAACGUUUUGAUAAUAAAUAAUGAUUUAUUAGAGGAUUUUGGCAGAGAAACCUUCAAAAAUACAAAGCAGAUCAGUGGAGUGUAGAUCUAUUUUAAUUACCCGUUAUGUCCGACAGUGAGAAAGCACGCGACCGCCGUGAAAAACGCCAACGUAGUCCCUCGCGCGAUUCACGCUUCGGCGACGACGGCAGAAAGCGAGAUGAUAGGCAGAAGAAAUUGUCCCGUCAGGACCGAAAUUCACGAUCCCGGUCGCGUUCGAAUAGUAUCGACAGACGACAUCAUAGGCGAGAUGACCGCAAAAGGAGAAACCGUUCCAGGUCUAGUUCCAAAGGUCGAAGUCGUAGGGAGGAUGAUUCUCGCAGAAGGCGGAGAGAUCCGAGUAAGGAACCUGGAGAAAGAUCUCGGAGUAACAGCGCGGAAAAGCAGCCACUGAACACUAAAAUAGCCCCGGAAAAAGAACAAGAGGGCGAUGAAGCACUGUUGAAAAAUGAAAAGCCAGCAAUUCGGCGCACGGUGGACUUGCUAACGUCGAAGACUGGAGGAGCUUAUAUCCCCCCAGCAAAGUUGCGAAUGAUGCAAGCCGAGAUCACGGACAAAACUUCAGCGGCGUAUCAGAGAAUAUCUUGGGAAGCGCUGAAAAAAUCGAUUCAUGGUUAUAUCAACAAGGUGAAUGUUGAUAACAUCGGAAUUAUUACACGAGAGCUGCUUCGGGAGAAUAUUGUUCGCGGAAGAGGUCUCCUUUGUCGGUCAAUCAUUCAAGCUCAGGCUGCGUCACCGACGUUUACUCAUGUCUAUGCAGCACUUGUAGGUAUUAUAAAUUCCAAGUUUCCAAAUAUUGGGGAACUCUUGUUGAAAAGAUUGGUAAUUCAGUUCAAAAGAGGGUUCCGAAGGAACGAUAAAGCCAUCUGUCUGUCGUCGUCACGAUUUGUGGCUCAUUUGGUGAACCAACGGGUGGCCCAUGAAAUAUUGGCGUUGGAAAUCCUAACAUUGCUAGUAGAGAAUCCUACGGAUGACUCCGUUGAGGUGGCAAUCGCAUUUCUAAAGGAAGUGGGCCAAAAGCUAACGGAAGUGUCUGGUAAGGGAAUCAACGCAAUCUUUGAAAUGUUGAAGAACAUCCUACACGAAGGAAAGUUGGACAAACGAGUCCAGUACAUGAUUGAGGUCGUUUUCCAAAUUCGCAAGGAUGGUUUCAAAGAUCACAUAGCAGUAGCGGAUGCGCUGGAAUUGGUGGAGGAGGACGAUCAGUUUACGCAUUUGAUCAUGUUGGAUGAAGCUACCGAUACACAGGAUAUCCUAAAUGUCUUCAAAGUGGAUAACGAAUAUGAGGAAAAUGAAUCCAAGUACAAAUCCAUUUGUAAAGAGAUUCUCGGCAGCGAUGCCAGCGACAAUGAAGAUGAUGAUGGUUCUUCAAGUGGGAGUGGUAGCGGUAGCGAUUCAGAUGACGAGGGCGGUAGCGGUAGUGGCGAUGAAGCUGAUGAGACCAAGCAGCAGCUGAUUGUGGAUAAUACGGAGACGAAUUUGAUUGCAUUGCGUCGAACGAUCUACUUGACCAUUCAUUCGAGUUUGGAUUACGAGGAGUGUGCACAUAAGCUGAUGAAAAUGGAAUUGAAACCAGAUCAGGAGUCUGAGCUAUGUCACAUGUUUUUAGACUGUUGUGCAGAACAGAGAACUUAUGAAAAGUUUUAUGGACUUUUGGCGCAACGGUUUUGUAUGAUCAACAAGAUCUAUAUCGAGCCAUUCGAGCAAAUUUUUCAGGACACCUAUGCGACCACCCAUCGAUUAGACACAAAUCGCCUUCGCAAUGUGAGCAAAUUCUUUGCUCACCUUCUUUUUACCGACUCAAUCGGCUGGGACGUAAUGCGAUGCAUCCGACUCAACGAGGAAGAUACCACCAGCUCGAGCAGAAUCUUUAUCAAAAUUCUGUUUCAGGAGCUCGCCGAGUACAUGGGUUUGAUCAAGCUGAAUUCUCGUUUCAAAGAUCCAACACUGGCUGAACCAUUUUCGGGAUUAUUUCCACGAGAUAAUCCCAAAAACACUCGCUUCGCAAUAAACUUCUUCACCUCCAUCGGUUUGGGGGGACUUACUGACGAAUUGCGAGAUUUCCUCAAGAACGCUCCCAAGCAGAUUGUUCAACCGGUGGCAGCACCUGUGCCAGAAGAGAAAGAUGAAUCAUCGUCCAGUUCGUCAUCGUCGUCUUCUUCGUCAUCUUCAUCAUCCGAUUCUAGUUCGAGCUCUUCCAGUUCGUCCGAUUCCGACUCGGAGGAUGAUCGUAGAAAAAUGAAGGGUAGGAAAGGUAAAGAUCGCUCCAAGUCUAAGUACUCAAACUCAAAAGAAAAGCGUUCGAAACACCAUGAUGAAAAACGAAAUGACGACGGCCGCGGACAUCGCAGAAAUUAUGAGAAGAUGGAAGCAUCCAGUCGACAAGAUCGUGAUCGUCGAGAAAGAGAUGAUCGUGAAACGCAUCGGCGAGAGGACCGUCAUCGCGGAAGAAACUAUAAUGACCGCGAGAGGAAAGAGCACACAAAUCCAAGUGAUCGCGAAAAAGGUCGCGGUAGGGCAGAUAACAACGGACGAAGAGACGAGGAUUAUUCUUCCAGUCGCAGGAGACGCAGUGGAGAAAGAUGGUAAAAAUAAUACAGAAUAUUAUUUUCUUGCUAAGUAUGCACACAUAAAAAAAUAAAAUUACAAAUGAA